AUGGAGAAAGGGCAAUAUCGAUCUGGUAUUCGAUUCUUGUUUUUGGAAGGGAAAUCGCGCAGCGAAAUCAAAGAGCGCUUGGAUGCUGUGUACGGUGACUCUUCUCCUUCGAUGGCGACCGUCAAAAAUUGGUUUACCGAGUUUCAACGUGGUCGCACGUCGGUUUUUGAUGAACCACGCCCAGGUGCCCCGAAAACGUCUACCACGGAGGAUAACGUGACAAAAAUCCACGAUCUCGUAUUGGCAGACUGCCGAUUGAAGAUACGCGAGAUAGCUGAGACAGUAGGCAUGUCAAAAGACCGCGUGGGUCAUAUCCUGCAUAAAAUUUUGGGCAUGAGAAAGCUGUCGGCGCAAUGGGUGCCGCGUUUGCUCACUCCAGACAACAAACGCAACCGUGAGACCACUUCAGAGCAGUGUUUGACGCUGUUUAAGCGCAAUCCGAAGGAGUUUCUGCGUCUUUUCGUGACCAUCGACGAAACAUGGAUCCACUGGUACUCACCAGACACCAAGGAACGGUCUAAACAGUGGACUUCACCCUGA